ACAGCAACAGUGUGUAACACAGCAGCAGUUUUAAUAUCUUUCUGAAGUGGAGUUGGUGUGGAGAUCUGGGAGUGUGAACUCAGGAUGAAGAUCCUCCUCAUCUUCACCCUCUGUCUGAUCUCAGAUGGAGGAGACGCCAAGAAAGUAACAGGAUAUUCAGGAGGAGGAGUCCUUAUCAAGUACAAGUAUGAUACAAAAUUCACACAAAACCAAAAAUAUUUCUGUAAGGGUUCAGGGCCAUACUGUUCUGACCAAAUAAAGACAGGAGCUAAAAACGAGUGGAUAAAUUCAGGAAGAUUCUCACUGUUUGAUGACACCAAAUCAGCAGUGUUCAGUGUGAUGAUCAGAGAGCUCACUGUACAGGACACGGGGAUGUACUACUGUGGAGUUUAUAGAGAUUCAUGGAUGGACAUUUACACAACAGUGGACCUGAAGGUAAAGAAAGGGUCCUUGGUCUCUAGAAAAGUGACUGCAUAUGCCGGGACAAGAAGCAACAUCAAGUGUAGCUAUGACGAUGAGUACAAAAAGAAACCUAAAGCUUUCUGUAAGAUCAAAACACAUCAGUGGUGUUUUAAUCAAAUAAGUACAGAACCAAACAGGUUAUGGUCACAUAAUGGCAGAUUCUCAAUUCAUGACAACAGAAGUGCAGGAUUCUUCAGUGUGUUUAUCAGAGAGCUGAUUACGGAGGACACGGGAACAUACGCGUGUGCUGUUGUUGUGUCUAAUGAAACGGAGUUCUACACUGUACUGACGCUGAACGUAACACAAGAUCUGUCCAGUGAGAAGUCCAUCAGUAAGACUGUCCAUGUAGGAGGAGAUUUGACUGUCAGUUGUAAAUACCCAGAAUCCCACAGGAAUGACAAUAAGUUUCUCUGCAAAAGGCCUGCACUUGCUGCUUGUCUUUAUAGUGCAACUGUUAAAGAAAGUAGAAAACAUGUAAAUAAUGGGAAAUUCUCCUUGUAUGAUGACAGAGAAACACAAAUGUUGACUGUGAGUAUUAGAAGUGUAACUGAGCAGGACUCUGGUGAAUACUGGUGUGGAGCUGAAGCAGCCUGGAAAUCUGAGCAUGGAUACAAGGUUUAUUUCACACAGAUCGACCUGACAGUUACUGGUGAGUUUGUAUGAGUGACGCUGACAUUCUGUAAUUUCUUACACACAUUACUGUACAUAAACCUUUUUGGUAGCUGGAUAGCAGAAUUGAUGUAGCAUUUCUCAUUAUGAGAUAAUAUAAGAUUAUUAGGCCUAUUUUUGGUGCCAUUCUAUAAGGAAAUAAAUUGGCUUAUUUGAAGACUUUAUUUGCCAAUAAAAUACAUAAUUUCAGCUUAACAAUUUUAUAAUUUUUUUUUUUUUUUAAGCCAGAGCUGAAAAGUCUGCCCUCUGCUUUACACAUGCCUUUUGACUUUUCAGAAAUAUUACUAGCACCACAGAAAUAUCUCACCUAAUCUUUCUAUGGGGAUUUCCUCAGCUAAUGGCAGUCAAUGUUUCUGAAGAUCCUAAAAUCCUAAAAAAUAUAUAUAUUUUUUAAAUCCACAAAUACAACACACAUAAAGCACAAGUACUGUUUUUAGCCACACGUGCAUGCAUGUGCUGUAUUAAUUUAUAAUGUAAUAAACUAAAUGAUAAAUGAUUCAUCCAUGAGACCCAAUAUCAUCUCAGCCUACAUCAACUUCUCCUCCAACAGUUCACUACGCUUAAAUGCAUAU